AUGCACCUCCACAUCGCCAUCCUCGACCUCGACGUUCCCGUCCCAACAGUCUACACCAAGCGAGGCCUCUACAGCUCGCAAUUCACACGUCUCCUCGUCUCCGCCGCAGCACGUCUCUCGCAAUCCCUCAGUAAAGAAAUAACAAUAAGCACGUCUUCCUACGAUGUCGUCGGAGGUAUAUUCCCCCCGCUACAUCUCCUAAGGGAGAGAGGGGGUAUAGACGGCAUCCUCCUAACCGGCUCCUCGGCCUCAGUCUACCGCGCAGACCAACACCCCUGGAUUUCCUCUCUGCAGGCUUUUCUCAAAGAUGUCUAUGUGAAUUACCCGCACAUCAAGCUCUUCGGCUCGUGUUUCGGGCAUCAGAUGCUCGCGCGGGCGCUCGUGCCGGGGUGUGUGGUUGAGGCUUGUGCUGGGGGUUAUGAGGUUGGUGUGCAUGCUAUUGCGCUGGAGGGGGAGUUCGUGGCCAGAUUUGGGUUUCCUUUGCUAUCAUCCCUGGUAUCAGCGCCGGCAGCAGAGGAACAGGGGAAGGAGAUGAAGCUGCAGCUUGUCCAUGGAGAUUGGGUUGUAUGUGAGCGAAGGCUGCCAGAUGACUGGGUGAAUCUGGGCUCGACGCCGCGGUGUCCUAUCCAGGGACUGUAUCUUCCCGGACGGGUGUUGACUUUCCAGGGGCAUUUUGAGUUUGAUGUUUUUGUGAAUAGGGAGACGUGUCUGGAGUUUGGGAGGAGGUGGGGCUGGGAUGGGGAGGUGGUAGAGGGGUAUUUGAGGGCGAUUGAGGCGGACGAUGGGGUGGAUGAUGCAGAGGUUGCGGCGGAGAUGGUGGUUUGGUUCUUUGCCGGGGAGGAUAUGAGAGCUGCUACUGAAUUCGGUCAAAGUGAGGUGAAGAUGAUGGAGGGAGGGCUGUUGACGCCUCCGUUGGAGUAG